CCUCGAGGUAAAUGUUUUGUGUCUAUGAUGAAAAUUGAAUACUGUUGAAAUUGCACGAUGGAGAGUAUCUCCCAAAGAAAGUGUAGUAGGCGAAGGAUUAUUAUUAGAAUAGUUUUGGAUUUAAUAAUUUGGAUUGCAGCAUCCCUUAUCGCAGUUUAUCUGUUUCUAUUCGAAAAACCAUAUGAGAGAGGUUUCUUUUGUGACGACAAAUCCCUAAGUUACCCAUCUGUACCAGAAACAAUUUCAACACCUGUUAUGGUAGCAGUAGGGUUGACAGCUGCUUUAUUAUUGAUAAUAUUGGUAGAACUAUUCAAUUACUUGGAUAACAAAUGCCGACAGAACUACCAGAGUGCAAGUGGUGCUAUAGUUAUUUUCUGUGUAAAGAGUUACAUUGUCUUCAUGAUCGGAUUCCUUAUACAACAAUUGUUUGUAGACGCUAUGAAAAACAAAACUGGAGUUCUAAGACCAAACUUCUUUGAUGUUUGUAAACCUCAGUUUAACAUAACUUCAUGCCCAGGGUUUAUAUCAGAAUACACUUGUGCCGGAAAUGACGAAAAAGAAAUCAGAAGCAGCCGACAAUCCUUCCCGUCCGGUCAUUCAUCUUUUGCAAUGUACAUUGCGGUUUAUUUUAGUAUGUACAUCGAAAACCAUUUACAAAUUAGGUUCUCUCGGUUAAUGAAGAUAUUUCUACAAACUGGUCUUAUAUUGGCUGCAACUCUAUGUGGUCUGGGGCGUAUCAGGGAAAACAAGCAUCACACUUCUGAUGUCAUAGCUGGAUUUCUAUUAGGAACCAUUGUUGCAUUAUUCGUUCAUAUCGUGUUGUGGAGAAAAUAUGUGAACGAAGAAAGUGAAAAAGUGCAGCAGGAUGAACAAACUGAAAACGCUCGUGAAUGUUGUUGUUUAUUUAAACAGCCUACUGAUCUAGAUCCACAGACAUCAUCAACAGAAAAUGGAUAUUUCCAAAGUAUAGAACAUGGAAGAAAUUCAUCGUCUACCAAACUUAUUGCAUUACAAAAUAACAAUAAUCAAACUAUAACAGAGUCAUCAGAAAUUAUUUAGAAACAUAUAUUGGCAAUCGUUGUCAUCGUUGUAUUGUUCUGAUAUUAAGUAUGUUUCUGUUUUAGUUUUGAUUAGUGCUACAAUACCUAUGCUUAAACAAUAACGGUAUUGACAAUUAAAUUGUAAAGCAUAUGUACGUAAGAUAUAUAUUUUCUGGUUAAAUCUGGUCACAUGUACAAAAC